AACUUACUUGGCCCGGUUACUCAGUUAUUCCGCAGGAACACCUGAGCUCUUUUGUGCUGAAGCUGUUAGAUUGUUAUCUCAGUAAAUAAGGGUCAUUAUGUCUGGCGUCAAACCUUUGCCUUCGGCUGUAUUAUUAUAUAGUGAAAGCGUCAUCUUAUGCACUAACGAUUGUUCCUCUGAAUGUAGAGACGACAGGUCCGCCAUGUGGUGCCGACACUGGCGGUUCAUCUUCAUUUUAUGAUCAGAGAGAGCCGGCUGUUGGUGUGGUGUCAUUUGGACAUAUUGCAGUCGGUUAUUAACUUCAAUCCGAGCCAAAAAAAAAAAGCAAACAUGGUGUGCUUUUAAAGGCAUUUAGAUGUGCCUUGGUCUUUGUCUGCAACGCUCCCUCCAGCUGCAAUCUUUAGUAAUUGUUUUGGAAUCUAAUUGAGAGCACGUCUUGUCGAUUGAAGCAAAGUUGUCGGUAUCCAUCGCUGUGGGAGCCUUGCUCUGUCAAAUAUUUUAUUUUGGAAUUACCUUCACGCCUGCUCGGCCGUCAGUAUGAUUCGGUCAUGUGUAAAUUUAUUUUUUACUUCAGUGGUCGACAUAUAUCGCUGGUAAAAGAGAGUUUUAUCUUCGUUACAUUCAAAGGGUUGGAAUCAAGAUAUUUCAGUGUAAGAUUUAUAUUUUAGACCCUGUGAAUUGGGUGUCUAGAGACUUCAUCUCCAAAAACUACAUGGAACACAGUCAUUUUUGCAGAUGAGAUGCUUGUUUUAAGAAUUACUUAUGCUUUACUCUUCAUUACAUUCAACUUGGCCAACAAUGGAGUGUCAGACCCCUCAGCUCCACACUUCAUCAGAGAGUCAGUGUAUCAUACUAUGACCAUGUAUGCCAAGGUUGGAGAUGAUGUUGAACUUGAUUGUUUGUCAGAUGGCAAUCCACAUCCAGAUAUAUCCUGGUACAAAUACAAUGUUCCCCUUUUGGAGAUAACUUAUCGCAAAUUAGAGGACACAUUUAUAAAGUCUGGGAAGUUGCUUUUAAGUGACCUUCUGCUUGCAGAUGCGGGAAACUAUUCUUGCCAUGUGAAUAAUUCCUUGGGCCUGAUUAAUAGGACAUUCAUACUACGCAUUUAUGAAUCUUCAAAUGGCAAACCUAUUAUCCUCAAGUCACUACUGACGAACAACACAGCAGUGCUAGGAGGCGAAGCAAGAUUCCUUUGUCAAGUGACCAGUGACUCAGUUACGUAUGUCAGAUGGCACUUCAAGAGACAUCAUGCAAAAAGCAAUGCUUUUGACAAUAAAACAACAACUAUUAUUGAGAUAACCAGCAUUGCACCAGUUAAAAUUUUGACUACCUUGGGCCCGAAUACAUUAAAUGGUGACCUUUUCAAAGUGAAUGCAGAGGUUUUUGUUCAGAAUGUAUCAUUUCAUGAUGAAGGCGAAUAUAUUUGUGAGGCAUUCAAUCAACAUGGUAGAGUGAGUUGGAGUGCAUUCUUAAUAGCAGUCAAAGGUCCUACUCCAUCAGCUACAGAUCUAGAGACCAGAUAUGAGGCUCUGUUUGGACGCACGCAAGAGUUUCCCUUGGCUGUUAUUGUAGCUAUACCAGUAGCCAUCUUAGUUAUUUUGACAGCCUUGUUUAUUAGAGCACUCGAGCGGGCCAAGCAAAGACAUAGUGAGAGACAAAUCAAGAGGACAGAUGUUAAUAGAAACGUAAGCGUCACAAGUGAGCCUUGGAACCAAAAGAAAACGGCAAAACAGAAAACUGUAAAAGAAAUUAUCAUAACUGCGCCUCGUCAAACUCCAAUUUACACGCGGAAACCCAGCGAAGGUAAAACUGGUCAGCAAAUUACCCAGUUACCCAAAGAUAUGACAAGCCUUGAGGCAUGCUCGGUUCGACGACCUGUUUCCUCUCAAGCCAGUGAUGUAAGCAGUGAGCGAUGCAGUGAUGCGCUGGAACUUGAGUGGGAAGGGAUUGAAUUGGUCAUGGAGGAGGGGUUUGAAAUGAUUAAAUUAUGCAAAGAGGAAGAAGUGUAAACACAUGUGAUCCAUGUGAAAGAGAAUCGACUGAGAAAAAAGAAACAUUGGUCAGAUAUACUAGAUAGCGGCCAGUUGUUGUCUUCAUCAGCAGAUUUUUGUGAGUAUCUGUGGUGUGCUCUGAGGAUGGCGCGUUCUUUCAAAAUUUGAACUAUUUUGAAACCAGUACAACUUGUAAGUUUUCUUUCAGUAAUUGGGGUAUACCCAAAUGUGACACAUGUUGUGUCAUGAAUAGCUUAAGUAUCCCAAACUCCAUAUCAGUGUUCCGUGGUUUUGCAAGUUUACAAGUUCCGACUGUGAUACUGCGGUACAGUGCUGAAAAGAGAUUGCACAGAGAACAAGGAGCUGAUCAAGUAGAAAAUAAAACUGUACAAAAUGA